AUGGAGAUCCAAGUGUCUGAGGGCUCUGAGAUCUCACAGGGCUCUUUGGUUGCUCCAGGCUUUGUCCAGCUGGUUGGAGGGGACCAUCCCUGCUCAGGACGUGUGGAGAUCAAUGAUGGGAAGGAGUGGAAAACUGCCUGUGACUCAGACUUUGAUCUCAAAGAUGCCAACGUGGUCUGUAGGGAGUUCCAGGCACCCCCAAGGGCCCAGCCCUGCAGCCAUGCAGAUGCUGUUGGAGUCACCUGCACACGGUUCAGGCUGGUGAAUGGCAGCAGAGGCUGUGAGGGGAGGGUGGAGGUCCAAGUGCAGGGGACCUGGGGCACCCUCUGUGACUGGCGCUGGGACCUGCUGGACGCCCACGUUCUCUGUCGUCACCUCAACUGUGGCUUUGCUGAGUCUGUUCCUGGAGGAGGCCAUUUUGGGAGAGGCACAGGCCCUGUCUGGAGAGACUCCUUCCACUGUGCUGGCACUGAAGCCCAGCUGGGCCAGUGCCCCGUGAGCAGCCUGGGGGCCUCUCUGUGCUCCCAUGAGCAGGACGCUGCUGUCAUUUGCUCAGCUGGCUCCGGUUCCCUGCGGCUGGUGGGUGGAGGGAGCCGCUGCGAUGGACGAGUGGAGAUCUUGCGGCGUGGGACAUGGGGCAGGGUCCUGGCAGAGCAGUGGCACCUGCAGGAGGCCAGCGUGGUGUGCCGGCAGCUGCGGUGCGGAGAGGCAGAGGCAGCCUACACCCUGCCCAAGGCUGAGAGAGGGCAGGGCCCCGUGGGGCUGCGAGGGGUGCGGUGUGCAGGGCACGAGGCCAGCCUGCAGCUCUGCAACACCUCCCUGCCCCAGAGCGUGCUGGCAGCAGGCAUUGCAGAGGAUGUGGGGGUCGCUUGCAGUGGGAGCCGGCAGGUGCGGCUGGCAGAGGGCCGCGGGCGCUGCGAGGGCAGAGUGGAGAUCUACUCGCAGGGCAGCUGGGGCAGCGUCUGCGAUGACAGCUGGGACCUGGCCGAUGCCAGCGUCGUUUGCCAGCAGCUGGGCUGCGGAGGGGCGCUGCAGGCGGUUGGCUCCGCUGGCUUCGGGGCAGGCUCUGGGCACAUCUGGCUGGAUGGGGUCAACUGCUCCGGGGCCGAAGCUGCUCUCUGGGAGUGCCCGGCAGGGCCCUGGGGGCAGCACGACUGCGGGCACAAAGAGGACGCCGGAGUCAUCUGCUCAGAGUUCGUGGCCCUGAGGCUGGAGAACAGCAGCAACUGCUCCGGGCGCCUGCAGGUGUUCUACAAUGGCACCUGGGGCAAUGUCUGCUCCAACUCAAUGACUCCCAAAACCAUCUCAUUGGCAUGCAAGGAGCUGGGCUGUGGGGACAGAGGCUACCUGAAAACACUCCUGCCCUCUGCUAGGGUGUCUGGUCCUGCCUGGCUGGAUCGAGUGGAGUGUGGGGAGGGAAACAUCUCCUUCUGGCAGUGUCCCUCCGCUCCCUGGAACCAGCAGUCGUGUGAUAACCUCCAAGAUGUGACCCACAUCAUCUGCAAUGGGACACAGCCAGAAGUGGCCCCAGACCUGCCAGCCCCAUGCCCAGACUCCAGGAACUGCACAGCCAGGGAGAAGAUUCGUGCCGUGGGAGGGCAGCACAGGUGCUCAGGCAGAGUGGAGGUCUGGCUGCACGGCUCCUGGGGCACGGUGUGCGACGACUCCUGGGACAGGCAGGAUGCCCAGGUGGCAUGCAGGCAGCUGGGCUGUGGCCCUGUGCUGUCUGCCCCGGGGGAGGCUGCCUUUGGGGAGGGGACAGGCCCCAUCUGGCUGGAGCAGGUGGAGUGCCAGGGCACAGAGCCAUCUCUGCAGGAGUGCUGGGCCCGGCCUGGGGACAGCGGUGUCUGCCGGCACAAGGAGGAUGCUGCUGUGAGCUGCUCAGGUGAAUGCACCCAGGACACAAGCACCAGCUCCUCAAGCAGAGCAUCCCCUUCACCCUCCCUUACCAGCAGCAGCAGUGUCUCAGUGCCUGUCAUCAUCUGCAUCAUCCUGGGAGCCCUUCUCUGCCUGCUCCUGGCCCUCCUGGCUGGACAAGUGCAAAGUGCCAGGGCUGGGCGCAAAGGUUCCUGGGAGCCCUUCCCUGAGGCUGUGUACCAGGAGAUUGAUUCCAGCCCAGCGUGGGAGCAGCAGGCCAAGUUCAGUGUCUCAGAGAGAUCCUAUUCAGAGGGGUCCUUGGCCAAGCUGCAGCCCAAGCUUGGUGACAGAGAGGAGGAGGAUGGUCUGGGGUCAACACCAGAUGUCUCUGUCCUGGCUGGAGGUGACCCAGUGCAUGCCUAUGAUGAUGCCAGGGAGGUUUCUGACCCUACACAAGAUCCUGUGUUCAGGCAGGGGGACUUGGAAAUGCCCAGGGAGCCAGAGGAAGGAGUAAGCACCAGAGAUGCUGCUGGAGGGGCAAACCUGUGCUCACAGAGCAGUGCUGAGGGCCCUGCAGCUGGGGCAGAUGCCUGGUCCCUGUCCCUGCAGAGCACAGGCUAUGAGGAUGCUGAAGAGCUCUCUGCUGCACCUCCCCCUGAGGACACAUGGGGGGGACAGCACAGCUCAGGGCACAAGGGCCCCUGAGCCCUCAGCCAGCUGAGCCCAUCCCUGCCAUGGGGCUGGGUGCAGCUGUGGGGGAGGAGAGCUCUGUGCAGCUGGGAGAGACACAGGCACCAAGAACUGGCUCAAGUAGCAGCAGGAGAAGCAGGGCAGUGCCUCUGCUUUUCCUCCCCCACCCUGAUGCCUCCAC